AUGGCUGCCCCUUGUUCGGCCCAGAAUGAGAGCCAGAUGCGGAAGUCCGGGGCUGGCUACCUCCCCAUCGAGAACUAUGGCUUGAUUGGCAACAUGAGAACCUGUGCUCUGGUUGGCAUGGAUGGUAGCGUCGAUUUCAUGUGCUGGCCCGAGUUUGACUCACCUUCCAUCUUCUGCCGUCUUCUGGACAAGGAUAAGGGGGGCUACUUCAGUAUCCAUCCGGCUGCCAACCUGAGCUGCACCACCAAACAACAAUAUCUCCCGUCAUCAAACAUCCUCCAGACCCGCUACAUCCACGAGGAUGGAGUUGUGGACCUCGUCGACUUCUUCCCCCGCCCAAAGAAUGCCAAGGUCAUCUUCAAGGGGCCGAAGCAGGGCGCUUACCGCGAGAUGACGAGUGUCCAGGAGGAGCUCAAGCAGUGGUUAGUCCGCCGGGUCGAGUGCAUCCGCGGCCGCCUUCAACUGGAUGUUGAGAUCUUCCCUGCCUUUGACUAUGCUGCGGAACCACACACCACCACCGUGCUCCAGGAGGAAGGUAUCCCGCACAGUCCUCAGAGCAAGACGGCAACCUUCCACAGCAAGAAUGCCAAGCUUCAGCUCGACGUCAGCAUAGACCGCGGCGAGGAUAGCAACGAAAGCUGGCCUACCGUGCGCUUCAAGAAGGCCACGAAGCCCGGCAUGCUAGGCGAGGGUGUGGUUGCCAGCGUCGAUAUCUGCGAGGGUCAAGCUGUGUCUUUCGUCAUCCGGAACGAUGUCGAAAACCACAUCACUGAGAACAUCACCAGCACCGUGCUUGACACACAGCAACACGACACCCAGACGUACUGGUAUAACUGGAUCUCCCGAAGCAAGUACAAGGGCCGCUGGCGCGAGGUCGUGGCGCGGAGUCUCAUGAUCUUGAAGCUCAUGACCUACGAGCCGACGGGAGCCAUCAUCGCCUCCCCGACAUUCUCCAUCCCCGAAGACAUCGGAGGCGUCCGCAACUGGGAUUACCGGUUCUCUUGGGUCCGCGAUUCCAGUUUCACCAUUUACAUCCUGCUGCGCCUAGGAUUCACCGAGGAGGCCGACGCCUACAUGGAGUUCAUCAGCGAGCGGUUCGUCAAGUCGCGGGUGGAGGACAGCGGGCUGCCCAUCAUGUUCACCAUCCGGGGCGAGACGGACAUUCCCGAGCGGGAGCUGACGCACCUGGACGGGUACCGGGGUAGCAAGCCGGUGCGGAUCGGCAACGGGGCGGCCUUCCACCAGCAGUUCGACAUCUACGGCGAGCUCAUGGACGCCAUCUAUCUGUACAACAAGUACGGAAAGCCCGUCCACUGGGACCUGUGGUGCGCGGUGCGCAAGAUGCUCGACUUUGUACUCACCAUCAUGGACCAGCCCGACAUGUCCAUCUGGGAGGUGCGCAACAACAAGCAGAACUUCACCUACUCCAAGGUGAUGCUGUGGGUGGCCUUUGACCGCGGCCUGCGCCUAUCGGAGAAGCGCAACUUCCCGUGCCCCAACCGCGUCAAGUGGCUGGCCGCCCGCGACAGCCUGUACGAGGAGGUCAUGGAGAAAGGCUACAACAAGGAGAUGAAGUGCUUUGUGCAGAGCUACGAGAGCCAGACCAUGCUGGACUCGUCCAUCCUCAUUGCCCCGCUCGUCUUCUUCAUCGCCCCCAACGACCCGCGCUUCCUCAACACCAUGGACCGCAUCAUGCUGCCCCCCGACAAGGGCGGCCUGACCAGUACUGGGUUGGUGUACCGGUACGAUACGGAGCUGUCCGAGGAUGGUGUCGGCGGCCGCGAGGGUGCCUUCAGCAUGUGCACGUUCUGGCUGGUGGAAGCCAUGACGCGGGCGUCUGUCUACGAGCCCAAGUACCUGGUGCGCGCCAUCAACCUGUUCGAGAACAUGCUCAGCUUCUCCAACCACCUGAUGAUGUUCUCGGAAGAGAUCUCCCGCAGCGGCGAGCAGCUGGGGAACACGCCGCAGGCUUUUAGCCACCUGGCUCUGAUCAGCGCGGCGUUCAACCUGGAUCGCGUGUCGGAGUUCAAGAAAUAA